UCCAACAGGCAACAUGCACCUUAAUAACUAUAUUUAUAUUUGAAGAAAUGUAGACUUAAGUACCUGUUGAGGCUCCAUGGAGGAUGAUGGCGUCUUUUCUUCACUCUUCUUGGAAUUCCUGCUCACUGGACAUCUUUUCUCCCGUGGAAUAUCAGACGAAUGAUGUAAAUCUGUGGAGAUGAAAAGCGCCACUUUCGGGCUUCUUUUCCUGCCUGCUGGUGCCUGUGGACGAACGCACAAGUUUGGAGCAGGAUUUGGGCACGGAACCAGGGGGCCACACGUCGGGGACCAAAGGAGCGACUAUGGGGGUGAUGAAGGUGCGUGGCCCCGGGCCCUCACUCCGGUUACUGAUGUGCGUGAUAGUCUUCAUGUGGCCCGGGUCUCACUCGCACCCGCAGCCCUGCCAGGUUCUAAAGCGGAUCGGCAACACGGUUCGGGUCGGGGUUCUCCACGUGCAGCCUCGCCUGCUCCCCGACACCGGCGGGUCCGGAGGGUGGGAUGACACCGGAGGCUGGGACGACGAGGGGACCGCAGGUGGGCGAGCGCAGCUUCCUCAAAGUGCGGCUGCGGAGUUAAGAAGUCUGCGGAUCAGAGGUUCGGCUCCCGGCCAGCGGGGUUCGAACAGGGGGAGAUUUAAUCCCCGGCAGCGGGAAGGAAGCACGGCGGAAGAUCGUCGCGUCUUCGCGCCCAGAGACUCCAUCCUGCUGGCCGCGGAGGCUCUCAACCGAGCCGGGCUUCUCCCCUUCAACCUGUCCCUGGAGCUCGUCAUGGCGGUGGGCUCGGGGCUCGGCGAGCUGCCCGCCUUCUCCUUCACCUCGCCGGGCAGCCCCGAGCACGAAGACCCGCUGUCCUUCCUGGAGAGUGUGUGUCACACGGUGGUCGUGCAGGGGGUCUCCGCCAUGCUCGCCUUCCCGCGGAACCGCGACCACUUUGUCAACUUGGACUUCGUUUCGCAAGCACUUCGGGUGCCGGUGCUCAGCCUGGUUCCGACCCACUUUAGGCGCCAUAGUCAGAAUCCUCUUCAUUUCCAAAUGGCCAUGCAGGCGGUGGAGGCCCCAGCAUCUCGUCUUCUCUACUCCCUGCUGAUGCUGAACGGCUGGUGGGACAUCAGUGUCCUUCUCUGCCAGGACUGGGACGUUAGGGAUUUCUUUUCCCUCAUCAAGAAUAACAGCCGUUUCCACCUGGGUGCUUUUGUCAACUUGACCACAUCAACCUCAGCGCCUUCUUUACCAACUUCAGCAGGAGCGUUAGGUGUGGCCACCGGUGCAGAAACCUCAUCCUUUUCCCACCAUUUGUCCUCCUCUUCUGAUUCUGCCUCCUCCACUAAAGUGGACCAUCAGCAGGCUCUCAUGCGGCAGUUGGAGGCCUUAAGAGAACCUUCCUCCACAAAAGGAGUGGUGACGUUCGGCUGUGACAUCCGGGAGGUGCGGCGCCUGUGGACGCUGGCCACUCGGAUGACUUUACCGGAAUUCCACUGGAUUUUGGGGGAUAGCCAGAAUGUGGCUGAGUUGAGAACGGAGGGUUUACCCCUGGGACUGCUGGCUCACGGUGUCAUGGCGUCCCAUACUCUGGAUCACUAUGUCCAUGACUCGUUGGAGCUGGUGGCACGGGCUGUGGGAAGUGCAGCCCAAGUAAAACCGGCCCUGGCGCUAAUUCCUGGAACUACAAAUUGUAUGGACGUACAGCAGAGCAAUGGAAGCUCAGGGGAAUACUUGACAAGAUUCCUUUCCAACACAUCGUUUGAGGGCCAAAGCGGCUUCAUAUCCAGAGACCGUCAGAGCCAGAAUGUCAUCUCGGAGGCCCAUCACUACAUCUGGUCCCUCCAGCUGGACCCUCUGGGCCAGCCGACCUGGACUAGGCUUGCACGUUGGCGCAGGGGCAAAGUCCUGAUGGACCAGAGGGCCUGGCCCAGCCGCCAGGGUUCUGGAGUUGGAGGCGACUGGCGCAGACCCACAAGGCUGCAUUUGCGGGUGGUGACCCUGGUGGAGCACCCCUUCGUUUUCACCCGAGAAGUGGACGGAGACGGUCUUUGUCCCGCUGGCCAGCUGUGCCUCGACCCGCUCUCCAACGACUCCUCGGUUUUAGAGGGACUUUUUCAGAACCUUGCAGGACCGAACGGAUCCAUACCCACGGACUCAAAGAAAUGCUGCUAUGGUUACUGCAUUGACUUGUUGGAGAAGCUGGCAGAGGAUAUGGGCUUCACCUUUGACCUCUACAUUGUUGGAGAUGGAAAGUACGGAGGCUUUAAAAAUGGUCGCUGGACAGGAUUGGUGGGCGACCUUCUCAGUGGUGCUGCUCACUUGGCCGUGACGUCUUUCAGCAUCAACUCAGCACGAAGCCAAGUCAUUGACUUCACAUCACCUUUCUUCUCCACCAGCCUGGGAAUUCUGGUGCGCACCCGGGACACGGCCGCUCCCAUCGGUGCCUUCAUGUGGCCUCUGCACUGGUCCAUGUGGCUGGGCAUCUUCGUCUCGCUCCACGUCACCGCCAUCUUCCUCACGCUGUACGAGUGGCACAGUCCAUUCGGGAUGACGCCACGCGGACGUAACCGAGACCGGGUCUUCUCCUUCUCCUCGGCUCUCAACGUGUGCUACGCCAUCCUCUUUGGGAGAACUGUUGCCAUCAAGCCUCCAAAGUGCUGGACCGGCCGUCUGCUGAUGAACCUGUGGGCCAUCUUCUGCCUCUUCUGCCUGUCCACCUACACCGCCAACCUGGCCGCCGUCAUGGUGGGCGAGAAGACCUAUGAGCAGCUGUCUGGGAUCCAUGACCCCAAGUUGCACCAUCCCUCUCAGGGAUUCCGAUUCGCUACGGUGAGAGAAAGCAGCGCCGAGGACUACGUGAAGAAGAGUUUUCCUGAGAUGCACGAGUACAUGAGACGCUACAACGCCCCGGCGACGCCAGACGGCAUUCACAACCUCAAGGCCGAUCCCCAGAAACUGGAUGCUUUUAUCAUGGACAAAGCUCUGCUGGACUACGAGGUCUCCAUUGACGCAGACUGCAAGACCCUAACUGUUGGGAAACCAUUUGCCAUAGAAGGCUACGGGAUUGGACUACCUCAGAACUCCCAGCUCACCUCCAACUUCUCGGAGCUUGUCAGUCAGUACAAGUCAGACGGCUUCAUGGACAUGCUGCAUGACAAGUGGUACAAGGUGGUGCCUUGUGGGAAGCGCAGCUUUGCCGUGACUCAGACGCUCCAGAUGGGCAUCAAGCAUUUCUCCGGCCUCUUUGUGAUGCUGUGUGUGGGUGUGGCCUUAUCUCUGCUGACCACCAUAGCGGAACACAUGGUGUACAAGCUGCUCAUCCCCAGGGUCAAAGAGCCACGCUUAAAAUACUGGCUGCACACCAGCCAGAGACUACACCGAGCCCUCAACUCUGUAUUUGCUGACGACAAACUGCAGACCGUCGCCACCGUCAAAAGGUGCAAUGAAGGAAACAACCAGUCGGCAUCCUGGAAUCCAAGCGAUUCAUCUCUCUGCAACAGGCGUAGGGUUCUUCCGAAAGAGACGCAGAACGACUUGGAACGGCCGUGUUCCCAGGAUCCAGCCUCUGCUCUCCCUUUGCUGGAGAAACAACUUCCCAUAGUGACCACCUCGAAUGGACGCUCCAACUUGUUAGGUCGUUUGUGUAGCCAAGGACUCGGGCAAGGGCAGGGGAGCUCAGCACCGGGGGUGGCCCCAGGACAGUGUCGGGGUUUGGGUGUGGGGGACAGCGGUCCUGGUGUGAGUGUGGGUCGGAGCCCGCUCAUGCAGGAAUUAUCCGAACUGGAGAGCCAAAUCACUGUAAUAAAGCAGCAGCUGCAGUCAGCCAUGAAGAGGAAGCGAGAGCUGGAACAGUACCAGUCAGAGAACCAGCUAGCAAACCAGACUGUACCGAGUCAGGCCACGACGCAGCAGUCUAACCAGUUCCUACAGUACACUCAGUCCCACCAGCAGACUAACCAACACCAAAACACACUCCCAGAGUGCUGAAAUCCUUCCAGGAAAACCUUCCUACACGUUUUGUCUUUUCCAAAAGGAUUACACAGCUGGGGCACUGGUACACAUUUGAAGGACAUCCUGGGAUUCAGGAGAACAUUGGACUGGAUCCGUCAGUGUAAUUCUGGGAGUUCUAAUGGACACUUUUCUGAACCAAGCACCAAAUCAGCCCUUCCUUGCUUGUUUCAGUUACUGGUGAGCUCAGUCCGUCACCUCCUGCACACCUUUCAUUAUCUUCAUUUCUUUCCUCUCUCCCUUUUCCCUCUAAGCUUCGCCUCUGGAAGAGAAUAGAUUUGCCUUGAUCCCAGAUAUGAGGACUUGCUGGUAUUUAAGCCUAAUGGGUGGAAUCACCUGAGUCUUAUGUUACGGCUCGUUGAGAGUAUCAAUGACCUGAGCUUGAACCUAGCCAGUUAAGCCUUGGUGUCCCUGAGGUCUUGAGGAAACCUUGUUUCUUUCAGAGGGUGAUGGAAACUCAAAUGAGAAUCAACAAUCUUUUCCAAUGAUUUGGAUGCUUGGUAGGAAGAGUGCCUCACAUUCAUGAAGGACAUACUGUUUGAUUGUGGUAAAGGAUUCACAUUUUUUUUUUACGGCUCACUGAAAGCUGUGCCAUAACACUAUAAUUGGAGUUUGACUUCUGGACAUGAGGUAUAUCACUCUCUAUGCUUCUUGGGCUUUUUACAAACAUGCUAAACAAGCUCAAGAAGUAACAAUUUAAUUUUGGCUGAAAAAGUACCUCUGAAUAUGCACACAGAAAUCCUUUAAAGGAAUACAGUGGUACCUCGGACUACGGGUUUUUCGGGAUACCAGCUCUCUCUCUGCUACUGUAAGUACAUUCCUAUGGCCACAUUCCUUGCGAUUUACCUGACACAUGCAACGUGAAGAAUUGGGGUGGGGUGGUGCACUAUCCACUUUAGCCACCAGACGGCAAUAGAGUGUUGAAUAUCUUAAAAUGUCUUUUUUUAUUGGCCCGUGAUACAUUCUAUAGACAAAAUAGGCACAUCUGCAAUCAGAACAUUGCGAUUGGCCCAAAUCCCCCCUAAAAUGGGAGCUAAAAACCAAAAUGUCAGACGACCUGUGCGUGAUAUCGUCCAUGGUCUUUGAUGAGGUCCAUGCGUCCUGUCGCGAUGAACAUGUGUACACACGUCUUGCAAGAUAUGCUACGUUUUUGAGUGUGCUAAAGCCCACAAAAGACUUGAGUUGGCGGAAUAAUAAAUCAUAUUAGUAAU